CCCAUUGCCUUAGCUUCACUGCGUUCCCUUCCCCACUCCUCAGCAUCUAUCUUCAUCCCCUCCACCUAUCCUACAUUUACUCCUUGUUGGCCAAAGUGCAGCCAUCAUGGUAUCACUUGCAGCCCCAAGGACAAUUUUUGGCAAACAUGAAUACUCAAUGCGCUUAUUUCUAUAUUUUAAAAAUGAAUUCCACUCACAGCAAACUGAUCUGAAAGACAGAAGCUAAACAAGAAAUGAGGAAUCUCAUUCAAUAACCACCUCCCCUUUGGGUGUGGUACCUAAGAGGCAAUGUGGGUAUCUCCAGGCUUCUCAGACUUUGGCUAUAUGAGAAUCACUUGGUAAAAAUACUUAGGCCCGGAUCCCAACCUCCUUUAAUGAGCCUUCGCCUCCGAUCGUCAUCAGCUUCCAGGUGAUCCUAACUCACACCAGAGUUUGAGAAUCGCUGCCCUAGAAGACGGCUAAAAAUAGGUUAGGCUUAAGUAGUCCCAGGCCCACAUCAUGUACUGUUACACCGCGUGGGGGCCGGCCCAGUCCGCCGGCAGCAGGAAGGAGCCUUCAAAAGGUCCUUAAGAGGAAGCAGCGUCUUCAGAUUCUUAGAGGAAAAGCUUGUUGUUCCAAAAGUCACUGACGGUGGUCAGGAGAGCUGAAUUUUAAAACUUUGGCCGAAAGACUGUGUAACCUUGAACCAGUGCUCUACCUUCAGCGUUUAUCUGCACUACGGAGUUAAAAAUUACACACUAUUUGUACAGACGCUGCAGGAAGAACGAGGGCCCGAAGAGUGGGCAAGACCAUCGGAGUCUCUUCAGAGUCUAGAGUGGUGCUGAAAGGGCUAUUAGCUGCAUCUGGUCCUCCGCCCACCCAGGCUAGUGGAGCUCCUCAUCGCAGCGCCCAGGGCCACGUCUUCUCUCCGAGGUGUGCUGUCAGGUUCAGGACUGCGCUUGCCUCACCUGCAGAAUGACUGGUUUGGUUCUGUGCGAACCAACAGAGCUUUACAACAUCUUGAAUCAGGUCACAAAACUCUCCAGAUUAACCGAACCCAACUAUCUCUGUUUAUUGGACGUGCGGACCAAACGGGAGUAUGAUGAAAGCCACGUGAUGACAGCCCUUCUCGUGAAGAAGCGAGCAGGUGAAUAUCUUAUCCCGGAAUCUGUGGAUCUGGAGUGUGUGAAAUACUGUGUGGUCUAUGAUAACAACACCAGCUCGCUGGAGAUUAUCUUGAAAAACAACAGUGAUGAUGACAACACUGACGAUGACAACGGAGGAGUGGUGCUCGGAGCGGCCCUUGAGUGCGGCAGAGCCCUGACCCACCUCACCCGCCACCCCGUCCAUAUCCUGAGAGGAGGCUAUGAGUGCUUCUCAGCCAUGUAUCACUUCUUCCGGACGCAGAAGAGCAUCUGGAUGCCACAGGAACUGGAUGCCUUCCAGCCAUACCCUGUUGAGAUUGUGCCAGGCAAGAUCUACUUGGGCAAUUUCAGGCAAGCCUGCGACCCUAAAAUUCAGAAGGAUUUGAAAAUCAAAGCACAUGUCAAUGUCUCCAUGGAGACAGGGCCAUUUUUUGUGGGUGAUGCCGACAAGCUUCUGCACAUCCCGAUAGAAGAUUCCCCGGAAGCCAACAUUUCCCCAUUUUUACGUCACCUCUGUCACUUCAUUGAAAUGCACCUUGAGCUUGGCUCUGUCGUCUUGGUCUUUUCCACCAUGGGCAUCAGUCGGAGCUGCGCAGCCAUCUUGGCUUACCUUAUGCACCGGAACGGGCAGACCCUGAAGAGGUCCUGGACCUAUGUCAAGAAGUGUAAAAACAACAUGCGUCCAAACCGGGCCUUGGUGGCUCAGCUGUCAGAGUGGGAGAAGGUCGUCCUUGGAGACGCUGUCACAGACAUCCUGGAUCCACUCUACUGAUCUUCUCUGUGGCCCAACCUCUCUGUGAACCUGGCUUGGGGGCUUUUUGUGGUUAGUGGGUCAGGGUGUAUAACCAGGAAUGAGAAGGCUAUUGCCACCAGGAGACUCGUAUCAGCCCCCAGAGUGGUUCUUCAUAUAGCACAUGCACUCUGCUCAGGCUCAGCAAGAACCCCCAUCCCUGGGGCCACCCCCACCGCACUCCUGAGGCUGCCUCUGCAGGAGCAGCUGGCUACCAGAGCAGCUGUCCCUCAUGCCCCCCAUAAUGUGGACACUUUGGAGGCUGCCUGGUGGGAGCUCCAGCCUUGUGUUGGUCCACGGGGUGUCACAGUGCCCAUCCAUGGGCAGAGAUCCUCCAGCCCCAGAGAUGCCAGGCCCAGCCGUGGCUCAGACCCCAGGCUUCACAGCUUUGAGAAGCUCCUGACACAAGGGCAUACCCCUGCCUCAUCCCCAGUCCCAGCACUCCUCACUGUUUCCGAUGGUCCAUCACCUAUAUAGAUUUUCUUUCCUUGCACUUCACUCAUUUUUGCCUGGCUGUCUUCACCAAGAAGAGAUGCCCACCCUCCCAGCCCCCACACCCAGGUUUGUAGAAAUCCUCAGGCCUUAAAGGGAGUUUUCCUCAGAAUGUGAUGUUGAGUGCUGGCAUGGCCCACGGAACAAGCCUGGAGUCAGGAGACGAGGGGACUGAUGAGUAAGGCUGUCUGUCCAUGUUCAUUCAGCAAACAUUCCCUGCCACCUAGGUAGGAAUGGGACCGAAUUGAAGUCCAUGUCACCUCCUAGGUCUCUUUGUAGUGGGUUGGAGGAGCAUUCUCACAUGCCCCAACGGAAACCCAAGCCCUCAGGGAGUGGGGUUUUGCCAGAGGGGUAAGGGCUUUACAGGAAGUAUAGGCUUUAAUCAGGACCUGAACUGGGACAGAACCUAGGAAGGAUGUGAGACAUAGCUUAGGGACCUCCUGGUAGACAGGGCACGGCCGGGCCAUUGGGAAGUUUACAGCAGGGACAUGAUGGGGAUUAGCCCUGUGUUUUAUAAAAUUAGGGCAGUCUGGACGCUGUGAAGGGACAGUAGAGGUGAACUUGGGAGACUGGGAGAUAGUAAAGAGGCCCCUGUAAAACUCCAAGCCAGAGAAGAGACUCAGAAUCCUCCCCACCAAAGAGCAGCUUCCCAAGGACAAAAGUGUUUGAGGCAGGUGUCACCUCCUUGGGCUUUGGUUUACUUCCAGCAUGACAGGCAACGACACUGCUGGCUGCACCACGGGGUUGGCACCACCCGUAGAGCCCCAGGCUAGGGUCUGCUGCCACCGCCUUCCAAGUCUGGGGACUGCUGGGCCAGCGCGACUCGGCACAUGGCCCCGCCCAGGCCCCGCCCCUGGUCCGGAUUGGUUCAUGCAGGGGGCGGGGCCAGCACGCUCGCUGUCCCAGGCCUUUUCCCAUUGGUGGUCGCAGCGGCGCGAGCCCGGAAGCGGACCGGGGCGGAGGGGGUGGAGGCGGUGGAGGAGGUGGUGGAGGCGGAGGUGCUUUGGGCGGGCCGGGGUUGCGGUGCUGUCCUCGAGUCUGGGCUCACCAGGCCCACAGCCUGGUAGCAAUGAAUCCCCCGCCUCCAGACCCCCUGGGCGACUGUCUGCGGGACUGGGAGGAGCUGCAGCAGGACUUCCAAGGCAUCCAGGAGACCCACCGACUGUACCGCCUGAAGCUGGAAGAGCUGAUCAAGCUGCAGAACAACUGUACCAGCUCCAUCACCCGGCAGAAGAAGCGGCUCCAGGAGCUGGCCCUUGUCCUGAAGAAGUUAGGACUUGCCCCCCAUACUGUCCAUGCCCCCUCCCCGAUACGCCUGACCUUGGACUGGGGGCGGCUGUCUGACCUUGUGGGAUGGAGAUGGCGCUGACUUCUAGGUGUCCUUGGGCAUGGCUUCUCCCUUCUCGGUUGCAUUUGCCCUCCUGCCCCACAGGUUUUGGGUGGGAUACCUGGGGAGCUGCUGCUCUGACUCUGGCUUCUCUGGUCCUACCUGCAGAUGCAAACACUCCCUUCCAUCCGAGGCUGAGGAGGCUGCGCAGGAGCUGGAAAGCCAAAUCAAGGAGCGACAAGGCCUUUUCUUUGAUAUGGAGGCCUACUUACCCAAGAAGAAUGGGUUGUACCUGAGCCUGGUUCUGGGCAACGUCAACGUGACACUCCUGAGCAAGCAGGCUAAGUAACGUCAGCCGCUGGACGCCCCGUCCUCCCUGGCCCCUGCCCCUGCCCCUGCCUCCCCUUCCCCUGCCAAGCUCGGCCUUCAAGGGUUGCUCCCCCCUGCUGGCCCCGCGCCACCCACGGCAGGGUGUCUGGAGGCGGGAAUGCCCGUGUGUCCCCCCAGGUUCGCCUACAAGGCCGAGUACGAGAAGUUCAAGCUCUACCUCACCAUCAUCCUCAUCCUCGUCUCCUUCACCUGCCGCUUCCUCCUCAACUCCAGGUGGGCGUCCUGCCGUGCGGGGCUGGCCCGAGCCCCCCGGGCUCCAGCACCCACCCUCUGUCCUCCCCGCCAGGGUGACCGACGCCGCCUUCAACUUCCUGCUGGUCUGGUAUUACUGCACCCUGACCAUCCGCGAGAGCAUCCUCAUCAACAACGGCUCCCGGAUCAAAGGCUGGUGGGUUUUCCACCAUUACGUGUCCACGUUCCUGUCGGGAGUCAUGCUGACAUGGCCCGACGGCCUCAUGUACCAGAAGUUCCGGAACCAGUUCCUGUCCUUCUCCAUGUACCAGAGCUUUGUGCAGUUCCUCCAAUAUUACUACCAGAGCGGCUGUCUGUACCGCCUGCGGGCCCUGGGCGAGAGGCACACCAUGGACCUGACCGUGGGUGAGUCGGGCAUGGCCGUGCCGCCCUGGAAUGCUGACCGGGGAGCUGGCAGGGCAGGCCUUCUCCUCCUGACUGGGGUCUGAGUGACGGGGUCCGUGUCUGUCCCUGGCUGUGCCCACCCCCGCAGAGGGCUUCCAGUCCUGGAUGUGGCGGGGCCUCACCUUCCUGCUGCCCUUCCUCUUCUUUGGACAGGUAAGUUGUACCUGUGUCCCUGUGCCCCUGGCUGUCCGUCCCCAGCUCUGGCUGGAGCAGGGACUGUGUUCUACUGUGUAAACCCCCCUCCUUCCUAGUUCUGGCAGCUUUUUAACGCACUGACGUUGUUCAGCCUGGCCCGGGACCCUGAGUGCAAGGAGUGGCAGGUGCUCAUGUGCGGCCUCCCCUUCCUCCUCCUCUUCCUCGGCAAUUUUUUCACCACCCUGCGGGUUGUACACCAGAAAUUCCACAACCAGCAGCACGGGGGCAAGAAAGAUUGAGGCUGGGCGGGCCCAGCUCCCCACAACACCCCCGACCCGGAGGGGGCUUCUGUAUCUCGUGUUGAGGGGUGGGGGCUCCCCUCAUCCGGGGAGGUCUCGUCUGCUCUCCCUUGGGUUUUGCGGGCUCUGUCGGCCCUGAAGGCGGCGCUGGAGAGGAAGACCUGGGCCUGUGUCCCCGCCCUGCAGGGAGGUGGGACAGCAGCCUCAAUAAAGGACCGGAGGCUCA